CAUUAUGGAAAUCUUCAGUAUUUCUAUAGUGCAUAUUAUUUGAAAGGGAGCCAACUCCGUCGUCCUUGCCUACCAAUUAACGAUUAUCCAACCUUCCCCGUCACUUUGGACAUUUCUUGAAAACAGGUACAUUUUCGUCCUUAAAUUUUGUACAUCUUUCAUCAAAAUUCAUAGGAAAGGAAAAGUUUAUUUGUAAAAAUCAUAUUGCAUUGUUAAACAUGAAUAUCUAUGUCACAUUUUCAUCGUACUUCAAUUACGGAUUAGUUGAAGAUUUUUCAGUAAUUUGAUGGAUUUUCUUGCAUUUAUACAUCGUCUGUGUAACGCUAAAAAAAUGGCCGAAUUUAAUUUCAAGUUUAUCUACAAUUCUUUAAUUUUUACUGAGAUCUUAUAUAAAUAUUGUUUAUUGAUGCGAAUCCUAUUUUAAUUCUUUAUUUUGCCAUUAUUAAAUGCAUUUAUUUGCGGUAAAGAGCCUGGAGUCGAUAUGACCCAGUUUAUAUGUGUUUCAUGGAAGUCGUGUUAUGUAUACAGCUUAGAUCUGAUCUACACAGCUGAUCGCAUAUAACGACGUUUAACUGAAGUUCGGCAUACUUUUGUAGAUGAGUCCAACUAAUUUUUUCGUGAUCCAGGAAAUAUUGAGAUAAUUAGAUUUUCUAUUAUUUUGACUAUAUGGAUGCUAAAUAUAUAGAUCUAUAUAUCCAUAAUAUUAUACCCUGUUUGGUGGGCUUUAGAAUAUUUGUGUUUGCCUAAUGGCUUUUUGUCAUAUUUGUAAUGUGGGCUUUGUCUGGCCAUUGUACCAAAUUGGUGCCAGUCAAAAAAUUUUGACUGCGUUUAUAUGUUUGUAUAUAUACUUCCGAUUUUCAUUCCGGGGAUACAAACAUAUAAUAUAUGAAUUGUUUCCGAUUAUCCGGAAUGAUCACAAUAUUGUUGACUUGCCAUUAUGCCUUGCUGGCGUGCAGUCAAAUGUUUAUAUACAGGCUUUGUCUGGCCAUGAUCACAAUAAUGUUGACUUGCCAUUAUGCUUUGCUGGCGUGCAGUCAAAUGUUUAUAUACCGGCUUUGUGUGCCGGCAAUUAUAUGUAUAUAUUAUAUGAUAUUACAAAAUUUACAUAUAUAUUAUUUAUUACAUUGUUCGGAUUGAUUCUUGCAAUAUUGAUAUGUCAUUAUUCCAAUUUUUUAGUGUAACGUUGGCUUUCUAAUUACGAUAUUCAUUAAAUUUCCCAAUUUCUACGGACUAGUAGACUUUACAACACGUAGACUUUACAACACGUACCCUUGUUUUUUACCGCAUUUAUUAAUUUGCAGAUUAUAUUAAUUUGUAUAAUUUCAAUUUUAUUUUUCAAUUUUCAAGAAUGUUCCCUAUAAUGAUUUAUAUUUAUUUCCAGUAUGUACGAUAGGUAUAUAAUAGUUGAACUAUAUUUGCCACUUAACCUCUCCCCCACCCCUUCCCCCAACCUCCUCAAAGAAAUUAGUAUAUUAGAAUUUUAAUUUUCCUUUCAUGUUGAUUGACAUCAUGCCCCGAGCGAGACGUGGUCGUGGGAGAGCACUCCGAAAUCAAGUUCAGUAUAUGCGCCAGAGGCCAGAUGCCCAGGUGGAGCACCAGAUACCACCCGUACCUUUGCCAGUUCCAAAGAUGCAGCCACCACCACCACUUCCACAGCAACCACCACAAAUUCCACCACUUCCACAGCAACCACCACAAAUUCCUCCAGACCUGAAUCUACCUCCACAACAUCUCCCACAUCACAACAUGUUACCUCAUCUGCAAGACGGACCUCAACCACCUCAUCUGAAUCUACAUGACCUCCCCCAACAGCCGGAACCAGAUGACAUGCAGCCUGCACUUCAAGCCAUUCCACCACAGAUGCCGCCAUUGCCUCAGCCUGAGGAAGAUCUCCAGGGCCAAGACGGCGAUUCAUUUCUCCGCAAAAUCUAUGGGCAUUAGGCCAUACUCCGGUCAAAACUGACAUAUUAAAAAUAUAUUUGGAUUUAUAUACAAAUCAAGAAGAUGCAAUUUACUUAUAUAAUGGUUUCAAAUCAGGAUUUCAUCUUCAUUAUUCUGGCCCACGGAUCCCUAUUUUUUCCAAAAAUUUAACAUCUGUUAAUAAUCACCCAGAAGUAUUGAAAGACAAACUUCAAACUGAGGUUGAUCUAGACCGUAUUUUAGGCCCCUUUUCUAAAAAACCAUUAUCCAACCUGAGAAUUAAUCCAGUUGGCCUAGUGCCAAAGAAAACUGGAGGUUGGCGUCUAAUUUCUAACCUCUCUUAUCCGGUAGGUUUUUCUGUAAAUGAUUUCAUUGACCCUGAAAUUUGUUCAGUACAGUACUCAAAAUUUGAUAAUGCCAUAGAAAUUAUACAGCGUUUAGGAAAAUCUGCCCUUAUGGCAAAAAAGGAUAUUAAAUCAGCUUUCAAUCUUUGCCCCGUGUACCCAGGUGAUUUUGAUCUUUUAGGUAUUUAUUUUGAUAAUAAGUACUAUAUACAAAAAAAUGUUACCGCAAGGAGCUUCCAUUUCCUGUUCAAUUUUCGAAAAGUUCGCAACUUUCAUUCAGUGGUCCGUAUCAAAAGAGGCAAACUCAAAAAACAUUGACCAUUUUUUGGAUGAUUUCUUUUUCGCUUCAGUGAAUAACAGCAAUAACUGUCAAAAACUUUUAGAUACUUUCGAUUUCAUCUGUCAGGAUAUGGGUGUACCUGUAAAUGAUGAAAAAACCGAAGGUCCAACCACAAAAAUGGUAUAUUUAGGACUAGAAAUCGACACAAUUAAAGGAAUAAUAAAAAUUCCGAAAGACAAAAUUGAGACAGCUAAGAUUUUAUUGACAGAAGCCUUUCAUUCUAAAAAAAUAACACUUAAAAAACUACAGUCCCUUGUUGGUCUUUUAAAUUUUUUCGCUAAAGCUAUUCCAUCAGGAAGGGCUUUCAACUGUAGGUUUUAUGAGGCUAUGUCUCGUGUUAAAAAACCUUUUCAUUUAGUUAGAAUAUCUCUGGGAAUGAAAGAAGACUUAAAAGUCUGGCUUAUUUUUAUUGAUCAGUUCAAUGGACAUACCAUAUUCAGUGACCUUCAGUGGUUUUCCAGUGAUACAUUGGAAUUAUUUACAGACGCAGCAGGUUCAAGAUCUUUAGGUUGUGGGGCAUAUUUUCAAGGAAGCUGGUUAUAUUUUCAGUGGCCAUCUCAUUGGGAUGAUAAUAUCUUUAAAGAUAUCACUUACUUAGAAUUGAUCCCUAUUAUCUUAGCAUUUUUCACAUGGGGGACUCAUUUACAAGGGAAGAAAAUAACACUGAGGUCAGACAAUAAUUCAGUGGUAGAUAUUAUUAACAAAAAAUCAUCCCGAAAUAAUAGAGUAAUGUGUUUGAUCCGUCAGUUAACUCUAUCUCUCCUUUUGAACAAUAUACAGGUUAAAGCUGUACACAUAUCUGGUAAAGUUAAUCAAAUAUCUGAUGCUAUAAGUCGAUUUCAGUGGACCCGCCUAUGGAGCCUUCUUCCGGACCAGGCAUCCAGAAUUCCUACGCAAAUCCCAGAAACAUUUCUACAUCUUUUCAACCUGAAAUAAACAUUCUCAUCCAGGCUUCUCUUUCGGAAAAUACCCACAAAGUCUACAAUAGCGGCAAAGCUUCAUUUGAACAUUUUAGAUCAAAUAUGUUAUAUGAACGAAUUUGGCCUCCGCCUUUACAUCACAUCGUUGAAUACAUAGCUUUUAUGUCCCAGAAUAAUUACUCGUUUAAAACUGUCAAUUGUCAUAUUGCGGCAAUCAGUUACUACAAUAAAAUUAAUAGUUUUACCGAUCAAACUGAAUCAUUUAUUGUUAAGCGUAUGCUUACUGGUCUGACUAGGCUUCAAAGGCAUAAAGACAAUAGAUUACCUAUUACCCUUCCUAUGCUUUCGCAAAAAAUUUUGCCAAAUUUAAUUCAUGUAUGUUCAUCUCGUUAUGAAGCGUGCUUGUUUUCAGUUGCAUAUUCACUAGCAUUUAGUGCUUUAUUAAGAGUAAGUGAAAUAUCGUUACCAAACAAAUCAACUAACAAUUAUGCCCUACAAUUCAAUGAUGUUAAAGUAACGUCUUCAAAUGUGAGACUGUUACUUCGCGGUUCAAAAACUGAUCAACUAGGUAAGGGUGCCGAAAUUGUCAUUCAGUUUUCACAAAGAAACAAAUUUCUUCAUGAUGCCUUACAAAGUUAUUUAUUAUGCAGACCACUCUUUCAAGGAUUAUUUCUUUGCCAUUUCGAUGGCUCCCCUGUUACAUCCUACCAGUUUAAUCAGGUCCUUAAAAAAGUUUUAAUGUUUUCGGGAAUGCCGACCACUUACUUCAAAUCACACAGCUUUCGAAUUGGCGGAGCAACAUAUUUGCAUAGUUUAGGCCGAUCGGAUGAUGAAAUCAAAGCUUUAGGUCGUUGGAAAUCAAAUGCAUACAAAAGUUAUAUACGUUUAAACAUUCCAGACAUGAGUAUUAGUAUUUAAUCUAUUCAUUAUAAAAGUCAAUAAGACUCUUUUUAGAUCACUUCAAAGUCUGGGUGACUGGCUCCUCAUUGAUCAGAGAUGCAUUUUGGAGGUCUCAGCACAGACCGGACGGUGUACAUUUAGGCUUAGAGUGUGUAGGCGGCUCCAUUCUUUGGGAUUUCCAGCCCGGAAUGAAAAUCGAACACAUUUGUCUCAGGUUAAACGGCUUAAUUACAACUCCCCAUCCUUUGCCAAAUAUUAUUGUUAUCCACUGCGCUGGAAACGAUAUUGGCCAGACAAGUUUAUCUUAUAUUGUUAGGUAUUUAAAAACCUUAUUUCAUGAUCUUGUUUCCAAUUACCCUGGAAUAUUAUUUGUUUGGUCGGCCAUUUUACCUCGUAUCGCUUAUCGAAACGAAACAUCUCAUUAUAAGCUUGAGAAGGCCCGAAAAAGAAUUAAUAGUUGCAUAGGUACUUACCUUAUGAGACAAGGCGGGGCUUAUAUUCAGUAUCCUGAUAUCAUUGAAAAUUCCCCAGAAUUAUUUAGAGACGGCACUCAUCUGUCAGACAUAGGAAAUGACAUUUUCCUUAAUAUUUUACAAGGUGCUCUAUUCCAUUUUGCAACGACACCUAAUAGGUUUUUUCCUUAAAAUUCCUGGUAUUUCGUCUGUCAAAUUGGCAUUUUUUGUUUGUGGCUUCAUCUUUGACAACGUUCUGUUCCGCAUAUAUCUUGGGGAUUUAUGGCGGGUCACGAACAUAAAUGGUUAUGGACUCAUUUCUGUUCGCGCCUUGGCAUUUGCCAGCACGUUGUCUGUUUUUCAAUUCAUAGUAGAUGUGAAUAACAUAUUAUACUUCCGAUAUCCGGAGUGUAAUGUUUCCGAAUUUCCGGAGCAAACAAUUAUAUCAAUACAUUAUUUCCGAUAAUUCCGGAAUAAAUAUUCAUAUUGCAUAAUAUUUCCGAUUUUCCGGAAUUUAUACAAACUGCAAAUGUUUUCUAUAUUACUUCCGAUUUUUCCGGAUUUCUUAUAUGUCAUUAUUUCCGAUUGUCCGGAAUGACAAACUAUUUUACAAUUCUUUCAUGUUGUAAAAAGCCAUGAACAAUCAAUGCCAAAACAUUAAGAUUUACAUAUAUCAAUUAAUAAAUUGUUUUUAACUGAUCGAAAGCUUAAUGUUUUUUAUGUGCUAUCUCCCUUUUCUGAUAAGUAGCAUUAUGGAAAUCUUCAGUAUUUCUAUAGUGCAUAUUAUUUGAAAGGGAGCCAACUCCGUCGUCCUUGCCUACCAAUUAACGAUUAUCCAACCUUCCCCCGUCACUUUGGACAUUUCUUGAAAACAGGUACAUUUUCGUCCUUAAAUUUUGUACAUCUUUCAUCAAAAUUCAUAGGAAAGGAAAAGUUUAUUUGUAAACCCACCCACCCUCUCCUUGUAUCAUAUACUUCUUUCUGCUGCUGUUUUAUAUCUAUUUUCAGCUUUCAUUCUGACGAUAUGUACAUGAAGCAAAAAACUUGAUACACUCUCAACGUCAUGGCUAUUUGGACAACUUGUGCUGAUCCUGUUUCAUACUGGACACUUAAAGACAUUCAGUGUGGUUACAGACUGGAAUUUUUCUAUAAUUUUAUUUCAGUGUUAAAUUGAAACUGGGAUAUUAACUCUAAAUAACUGGCAUUUGCCAGCACGUUGUCUGUUUUUCAAUUCAUAGUAGAUGUGAAUAACAUAUUAUACUUCCGAUAUCCGGAGUGUAAUGUUUCCGAAUUUCCGGAGCAAACAAUUAUAUCAAUACAUUAUUUCCGAUAAUUCCGGAAUAAAUAUUCAUAUUGCAUAAUAUUUCCGAUUUUCCGGAAUUUAUACAAACUGCAAAUGUUUUCUAUAUUACUUCCGAUUUUUCCGGAUUUCUUAUAUGUCAUUAUUUCCGAUUGUCCGGAAUGACAAACUAUUUUACAAUUCUUUCAUGUUGUAAAAAGCCAUGAACAAUCAAUGCCAAAACAUUAAGAUUUACAUAUAUCAAUUAAUAAAUUGUUUUUAACUGA